AUUUUUUCCUGAAAGUGAACGGAACCCAUAUCAUUACCUUCCGAAUUUCCCCUCCGGAAGAUAAAAGGGGAGGGCUGUGUUUGCAUCAUUUCCGAGCGGGAGGAUGAAGUUGAUUGCCUAUGGUUUCCCCGGCCAGGAAGAGUUUGCUGAAGAGAAGGGUCAUGGACUUGGUCACCCAGACGGCCAUCCUACCCCUGCUGUUUGGCUGCCUGGGCAUCUUUGGCCUCUUCCGGCUACUACAGAGGAUUCGCACAAAGGCCUACGUGAGGAAUGCUGUGGUGGUGAUCACUGGUGCCACCUCAGGGCUUGGCAGAGAAUGUGCUAGAGUUUUCCAUGCUGCAGGUGCUAAGCUGGUGCUUUGUGGCCGAAAUGUGAAAGCCCUUGAUGAGCUCACCAAAGAACUUGCUGUUUCUUAUGCCUCCCAGGGACAGGCACACAAACCCUUCACGGUGAUCUUCGACCUCACAGACCCUGGGGCCAUUGCUGCUGCAGCAGCUGAGAUCCUACAGUGCUUUGGCUACGUGGACAUCCUCAUCAAUAAUGCUGGGGUCAGCUACCGUGGCGCCAUCAGCGAUACCACAGUGGAUGUGGACAAGAGGGUGAUGGAGAUAAACUACUUUGGCCCAGUUGCUUUAACAAAAGCUCUCCUACCCUCCAUGGUCAAGAGGAGGCAAGGCCACAUUGUUGCCAUCAGCAGCAUCCAGGGAAAAAUCAGCAUUCCUUUUCGGUCAGCAUAUGCAGCCUCCAAGCAUGCAACCCAGGCAUUCUUUGACUGUUUGCGUGCCGAGAUGGAGCAGGAUAGGAUCAAGGUGACUGUGAUCAGUCCUGGCUAUAUCUAUACCAACCUCUCUGUAAAUGCUGUCACUGCUGAUGGCUCCAGAUAUGGAGCUAUGGACAAGAACACAGCCCAGGGCCGAAGCCCUGUUGAAGUGGCCCAGGAUGUCCUUGCUGCUGUGGGGAACAAGAAGAAAGAUGUGAUCCUGGCUGACUUCCUGCCAUCCAUGGCCACUUACCUCCGAAUUCUGGCUCCUGGGCUCUUCUUCAGAGUCAUGGCCUCUAAGGCCAGAAAGGAGCGAAAAUCUAAGAACUCCUGAUGUGAGUCAGAGUUGGUAGCUCCAGUCAGCCUUAUCAGGCCAGGAUUGCUCUACAAGGGACCUUGCAUUAGCUGAGACCUGGUGGAGGCCUGUCUUUGCCUCACAGGUGGGAAGGAACUUCUGCUGUAGAGAACUGGGACCAAAUUAGCAGCAGGCUGUCCACAGGGGUGACGGUAAGCCAUUAAGGAAUAUGGAGCUGGUCUGGAACUCAGAAACAUGGAAUAAAUGUCUGGAACAGCAUGCAUCAAGACUCCUCACUAGAACACAUCCUUUGAACCCUAGACCUGCUGGCUUCUAGAAGUAGUAUUAAGUUUUGACAUGAGAUGUCAUAAUAGCACUGGCCCCAAAUCAGUUCUUAUGUUUGACUUAUCCCAGACCACUGACCUAGUUCUUAGGGAAGAGAGAAUACCUCUAAUCCUGAGGGAGAAGGCUGUCAUCUUAGGAUAGUUCCAGGGCCCUGCAGCAGCUCACUAUAUAGGGAAGAUGGGCAGGUAUGUGAUAGGUUAGUUGGCACAUCCAACGUAAUGCCACUUUAGCACCAGGAAAAAAUCUCCCCAUGGUUCUGUUGACUUUCAUCAUACUUCUGUAGGGUACCAGGUACCAUUCCAAGGAGAUGAAUCUGUUAAAGAACAGCCAAAAAGGAGAGGUCCUCCUUGGCUCUGAGUGUGCCCUCAUAUACUGACUGGCCAUGGGGCCGCUCCUUGUGUCCUGAUGGGAGGAGUUCCUUGGCGGGGUGAGGGGAUGGACACAACUAGUUAAGGUGAAGCUAGAAAGAACAUUUCAUCUUUGACUUAUUAAGAAGCCAUGAAAGGUUUGUUGAGUGGGUCAAUUUUAUUUCUCAAGUUUAGAAAUAACUUUUCCUGUUAUUGAAACCGAAAGCUGAAGCCAUAGGAGGUCCGCUGAAGAUUUCCCCAAAUUGGAAUAAAAAACCCUUAUAAAUAAA